AUGGCCUCAGUGUGGUUCAUCACCGGGUCUUCUCGCGGCCUGGGCCGAGCCAUUGUCGAAAAGGCCCUGGAUACUGGCGCCAACGUCAUUGCCACGGCCCGCCAACCGGACUCCCUCCAGGACAUUGUCCAGCGUUACGGUUCCGACCGUUGCCUGACUGUUGCCCUGGAUGUGGCCGAAGAGGACCAGGUCACCAGGGCCGUGCAAAUUGCCUUCGAAAAGUUCGGCCGCAUCGACAUUGUUGUCAACAACGCCGGCUAUGGCACCCUCGCCGCCAUUGAGGACAUCAGUGCCAAGGAAUUCCGCCGCCAGAUGGACACCAACUUUAUGGGUGUCGUGAACGUCACCAAAGCCGUUCUACCCAUCCUCCGUGAGCAGAAGAGCGGCCACAUCUUCCAAAUCUCUUCCAUGGGAGGUCGAAUGGCGACACCGGGCCUGUGCGCUUAUCAGAGUGCCAAAUGGGCAGUCGGGGGUUUCUCUUCAGUCCUCGCUCAGGAGGUCGCGCCAUUGGGUAUCAAGGUGACGGUGCUGGAGCCUGGGGGUAUAAGAACCGACUGGGCUCGCUCUUGCGCGGAAGCUGUCGAGAUUUCCGCGCCCUACAAGCAGACUGUCGGGUAUAUGGAGAAGAUGGUGACUGAUAUAGCUGGGAAAGAGAUGUCACUUCCAGACAAAAUCUCCCAGGUCAUUGUCGACUUGGUCGGCACUGAAGAGCCUCCACUUCGUUUGUUGAUCGGCCCUGAUGCUGUCGAGUUUGCAAGCAAGGCAGCCAAAGCGCUUGCAGAUUCUGACGAGAAGUGGCGUUCUGUGAGCGAGUCGACCGUGUGA